AUGAUGCUACUAUUCAAACCGUAUACGGCCCAUGCAAAAAGGUCAAAACCACGUCCAUACCAAAGCUUCUCUGAAUCUCUAUUGAUAGAUAGUAUUGAAGCAACAGAAACCUUCACCAAGAAAUGGAUUUCUACAGAUCUCUCCUCUUGUGCUUCAUGCUCACUCUCCUCAAUCUUCUCCACCGAUAACCGCGUCGAAGGAAGAAAAUUCGUAGACGUUAUAAACAGCUUACAAUACGCUAUUCAAGGAGUAAUGCUUGUGAAUCCCGAGUCACACAAGCUCACAAGAGCACAUAAUCUCCUCAGCACCGCAAUGAAACACUUGGAGAAAGAGUUCUACCGAGUCCUAAAAUCUAACCGACGAAAUCUUGAUCCAGAAACCGUCUCUAUCCGAUCCAUCCCAUCCUUCAACCCUAGGAAAAAAGUUUCCAUCUAUAACGUUACAAAAUCUGAAGAGGCAGAUGUCAUGACCGAUCUUCAAAUGAUCGCUGAUUGUAUGAUAUCUUCAGGCUACGAAAACGAAUGUGUUAAAAUCUACAAAAAGAUUAGAAGAGCAAUCAUCGUUGACUCCUUGAGCAAGUUAGGGUUCGAGAACCUAAGCUUCGGCAAGAUUCAGAAACUAGAUUGGGACAGCAUGGAGAAAAACAUACAAAAAUGGUUAGAAGCUACAAAAAUUGUAAUAAACAACCUCUUCGACGGAGAACGUAUCUUAUGCGACCACGUGUUCUCCACGUCACCUUCCGUCGCCGAGUCUUGCUUCUCAGAUAUAACCCUCGAUAGCGCCUUGACUCUCUUCAUCUUCCCCGUGAGCGUCGCGAGGUGCCGCAAAACCGCCGAGAAGAUCUUUCUGACUCUCGACGUGUACCAAACGAUCUCAACUCUUCUCCCACGCAUCGAAGAGAUCUUCAGCUACGAGUCCACUUCAGCCGUUAGGUUACAAGCGGCCGACUCGUUGAGGAGCCUCGGCGAAUCUGUUAACUCAAUGGUGGCUGAGUUCGAAGCUUCCGUGACCAAAGAGUCGUCCAAGUCGGCGAUACCUGGCGGCGGCGUUCAUCCGCUGACGAGGUACGUGAUGAACUUCGUCGUGUUCUUGGCUGACUACGACGAGCCUCUCGCCGGGAUUCUCACGGAGUCGAACCUUCCUUUACCGGAGGAUUACUUCAAGAACAGCGAGGGUGAUGAUAAGAAGGAUGUGAAGACAAGACUUGCGUGGCUGAUACUUGUUUUGUUGUGUAAGAUCGACACGAAGUCAAGGAUGUACGAGAACGUGGCGCUCACGUAUCUUUUCUUGGCGAACAAUCUUGAUUACGUGAUUUCCAAGGUACGUGGGUCGAAUCUGAGAGUCGUCUUGGGGGAAGAGUGGGUGAGGAAUCACGAAGGGAAAGUGAGUCAGUACCUGGAGAAGUACGAGAAGAUGGCGUGGGGGGAAGUGGUGACGUCACUUUCUGAUGGAGAGGCGGUGAUGCUUGAGGAUGACGUGGCGAAAGAGCGGUUGAGGCGGUUCAACGGAAAGUUUGAGGAGGCGUUUCAGAAGCAGAGCGGUUGGGUGGUGCCGGAUUCGAAGAUGAGAGAGGGUUUGAAAGAUAGCGUGGCGAAGAAGUUAACUGAUGUUGCGACGUCGUUUUAUGAGAAGUAUCACGUGGAGAGUUGGGGAGAUAUUGUUAGAUACGUCCCUGAGGAUUUGGGUAAUUAUCUUUCCGAACUUUAUUUAGGUACGGGAAAGACUUGUAUUAUUGCUCCUUCACUCAAACUUACGGAGUCUGGACGUUCACAAUUUUCUGAUUCGGGGCAUUGA